UUUGUCUGUGUUGCUGUGUGUCACAGAGCUUUGUCUUCCAAGGAACGCUGUUAAAACAUCACAGAACACUCUGUUUUCAGUUCAAGAAAGCUGUCCUUGUCUCUUCUGUUAAACUUGGAUGCUGGCUUUUAAAAUAAUGGAUGGAUUUUCAAAUAGUCACAAGAAGAAGGCAUUGAACAAUGCACCUUUUGCUGGUUGCUCAAAGGGCUUCUGUUAGUAGGGGCUUUUCUCUCACUAUGGUGAAGUAAGAAGGGGUUGUAAAAUUUCUGCUGGUAAGAAAUGUAAAAACUACGAAGUCAUUGCAGUUGCUGACUUGGCCAAAGCUGAGAAAUUUAUAAAUUUUUAAUCCUACUGAUGCAGAAAUGCUUUGGGACAGUGCUUACAGAGGAGGGUCAAGACCACCUGGAGACCAGUGGAAAGCAGCUGCAAUGACUGUGAGCAACCCUGUGGAGAAAGUGGCCUAUCUUGUAGUAUUCCAUAUUCUCUUUGUGCUCUUUGUGUGGACAUAUUGGAAGUCUGUUUUCACUCUCCCAAUACAACCAGGCAAAAAGUUCCACAUGUCCUACGCUGACCAGGAGCGCUAUGAGAACGAGGAGAGGCCCGAGGUGCAGCGGCAGAUCCUCGCCGAGAUCGCCAGGAAGCUGCCGGUGUACACGAGGACAGGGAAUGGAGGGAUUCGCUUCUGUGACAGAUGCCAGCUGAUCAAACCUGAUCGUUGUCACCAUUGCUCUGUUUGUGCCAUGUGUGUGCUAAAAAUGGAUCAUCACUGUCCAUGGGUGAAUAACUGCAUUGGAUUUUCUAACUACAAAUUCUUUCUACUGUUCUUAGCCUAUUCUUUGUUGUAUUGCUUGUAUAUUGCUGCAACAGUCUUCAAGUAUUUCAUUAAGUAUUGGACAGUAAGUCAUGAAAUCCAGUUCCUUUUUCAUCUCCUGUCAGUCUCGUGGGCUUCAGUGACUCUCGGUGCUUUGUUGCUCUCAGGCAGUGAAGGAAGGGGCUGCAUUUUCCUGGGAGGUGUUUCCUGGGCCCUUUGGGUGUCCACCUCCUGUUAGAUGUGCAAAAUGCACAGAGCAAGAAGCAAGCAGCCUUCAGGAAUUUCAGCCUGUAGAUUAUUUUCUGGCAGAGAGCUUCUGUCCCUCCCCUGUCCUUAUGUUUGCAUGGGUGUCCCUUGGAAAGUUUGGCAUUGAUGUGUAGGAUUCUGGCAAUGAUUUGUACAUAUUUACUGAAAAGAAAAAAACGUGUCAGAAAACCAUGUUCAUUUUCUAACCCCCAUAGGCCUCCUUUUUCAAUUUAAAAACAGUGAUGCAAACGAGGCUUUUAU